AUGGAGCUGAUCAAUGAUUUGAGGGCCAAACAAAAGGAAAUUGAUGGACUGAAAUCUCUGGUGUCAGAGAGUUCGGAUGACAAGGACAUGCUUGAUAUGGCUGUAAGUGAAUUAGGUGAGGCGGUGGAAGAAGAGAAGAGACUGCAGACUUUGCUGCUUAAGUCUUUGCUUCCUAAAGACGAAGCUGAUGAAAGGGAUUGUAUCCUGGAGGUGAGAGCAGGUACUGGUGGAGAAGAGGCUUCUUUGUUUGCCAUGGACAUAUGUAGAAUGUACGAAAGAUAUUCGCAGAAGAAAGGUUGGUAG